UGUGUGGUUGCAGCAGACCGACACCGGACACGUCGGUGUGAGCGGUUGGUUGGCCCGUUUGACAACAGCAGCAAAAUGGGGGGCCAGAAAUUUCAGUACGAUGAAAGUGGAGGAACUUUUUUCUAUUUUGUUUUGUCUUUUCUUGCACUUCUUUUGAUUCCCAGCACUUUCUAUUGUUGGCCGAGGAGACGCAAGGAAGAUCCUGAGGCUGUUAAGAAUCAAUGUAACUGCACAGGAUGUCUCAAGAAAAGGAAAAUUUUACAAUCAAGGGAGCCAUGGAGAGGAAUCAAAGAAACACUGAUAAAAAUUGUCAUAGUGUUUGGAUGGGUAAUGCUUCUCUUCCUGGCUUAUAAAGUCUCACAGUUUGACUAUGAGUACUCAAAUUUUGAUCCCUAUGAAAUUCUUGGUGUUCCAUUUGGUGCAUCUCAAGCAUCCAUUCGAAAGGCAUACCAUAGCUUGUCCAAGGUCCUGCAUCCUGAUAAAAAAGAAACUGGGGAUGCUAAAGCAUUUAUGAGAUUAGUUAAAGCUCAUCAAGCAUUGACUGACGAUGAAGCCCGAAGUAAUUGGGAAAAGUAUGGCAACCCUGAUGGGCCAGGUGCCAUGAGUUUUGGUAUUGCCUUGCCCUCCUGGAUUGUUGAAAAGGAGAAUUCAGUCUGGGUCCUUGGGCUUUACGGAUUGGUGUUCAUGGUAGCUAUGCCAACAGUGGUAGGGAUGUGGUGGUACCGGAGUAUUCGUUACACAGGCGACCAGGUUUUGUUAGGAACUACAGAAUUGUAUUACUAUUUAAUGCAGAAUUCAUCAACAAUACCUCUCAAACGAUGCCUUAUGAUUUUGGCAGCCUCAUUUGAGUUUGACAAGAAACACAACAGUGAAGUUAUCGAACGUGCAAGUGAUUAUGAGGAAGUCCCUCAGCUUAUUAAGCAGCUACCUAAUUUGGGGGAGAAAAAUCGUGAGCCCCCAAUGUGCUGGAGAUAUUCAAUUAAAGCUCGUGCCCUCAUUCAUGCUCAUUUGAGUAGGAUCCCAUUGAAACCUGAUACCCUAGAGGUUGAUAGAAUGCAGGUUAUAAAGAAAUGUCCUUAUUUAGUCCAAGAAAUGGUCCAUUGUGCUGCUGCCCUUGUUCUACUAGCAUAUUCAAGACGUGUACCCAAGCUCUUGAACAUCUUCACUAUAGAGGCAAUCAUGAAAAUGAGUCCAAUGAUUGUUCAAGGAUUGUGGGAAACAAAAAGCCUAUUUCUCCAACUCCCUUUUGUUCAAGAAGAGCAUCUCAAAUACUUUUUAAACAAAAAGCGGCGUAUUAAGUCAGUGCAGCAUCUUGCCCAGAUGAAGCCGAAGGAGCGUCGGUCAAUGUUACGCUUCCUUAGUGAUGAUCAGUAUGAUAUUGUCACUAAAGUUAUGAGUAGUAUGCCUCAUAUUGAAUUGAAAGUGCGGUCUGAAGUUGUUGAUGAUGAAAACCCAACACUCUACACAGCUGGAGCCACUGUGACAGUAACAGUCACAUUGGUCCGGCGCAACUUGGGAGAUGUGAUGAUGACUACUGAUGACAGUGAAGAAACAGAAGUUAAUGGCACCACCAAUAACUUUGAUGAUGAGGAAGAAGAGAAAGAUGAAGAGGAUGCAAAGCCAAAGCGGCCUGUGUGGCUAAAGCAGCAGCGAAAAACAAAGAAAGGUGGGAACAAAAAGGGAGCAAAGAAGCAUGGUGCUCCAGUUAAACCUGUGGUGACCAAGGACUCCCCACAAGCGACAACCACAACUACAUCUCCCCCUUCAGAAGCAGGAGAUAGUGAAAACGAUGGAUCGAACUCUGAGAGAGAAGAUAAUGAAGACGAAGACGGAGAAGAGGAAGAGCAGAAUCUGGACAAUGCUAAAGGAGAUAACAAAAAGGAGACUUCUGGGGAUGAUGAUGAUGAUGAGGACGAUGCAGAAUGGGAACGCUUCCAGACCAAAGCAUCAAAAAGAGAAAAGGCACUAGAAGGGAGAAGUAAAAUAUCUCAUCCCACUCAUUGCCCUCUUUACCCUGAUGACAAGCAGGAGUAUUGGUGGGUCUAUAUAUCUGAUCGAAAGAGCAAUACUCUUUUAACAUCUCCUUAUCAUGUUACCUCCCUUGUGAAUACUGAAGAGAUCCAGUUGCGGUUUACAGCCCCUCGGUGGACAGGAAUGUACACAUUCCAUGUUUGCUUGCGGUCUGACUCCUAUUUAGGCUUUGACCAGAUGCAGGAAAUCAAGCUUGAUGUGAAAGAAGCUCCUGAAGUGCCAACUGAGCAUCCUCAAUGGGACAUGUCAGAUGACGAAGAGGAACCAGAAAAUGAAGCUGGACACAUUUCAGAGUAUACUACAGAUGAAGAUGUGGAAGAGGACGACUGAAAAAUCGCUCUCUCCCAUAUUUGGUCUUGUAUAAUAUUGUAACUUUCCGGUCAUUUCUAUUUUGUCAAUUCAGAAACCAUUUUCCUUUAUGUACAUUUCAGCUUUAACAUUUUACAAAUUUAUUUUAUCUAACUACGUAUCACCCAUAACAUGACCAUUAGAAUCAAAAUUCACUUAAGAUUUGAGCCUUUUGUUUCUGUUACUGCUUCAUUGAAAGGACAAGCUUCUUGGUGCAAACAAUUCUUUACAGGAUGAUAUACUUCCAAAACUAUUAUUUAUUUUCACUCAAUUCAAUUCUACUUAGCUUGAAACCCUGCUACGAAGUAGGAUUUCGUCUAGGGUACUUGUUUCACAUUUUAAGCGACUAUCUAUAAAUUGCACUAUAAGUGCAUGUGACUGACUGAAAAGGUAUUCAAGGGAAUCAGGUGUUUUCAAAUUUAAGUUUUGUAAAUUAGUGUUUUCAAUGAAGGGUUCUUUAAGUGAAGUGUCAUCAAGUUUAGUUGUUUGGAACCCCAGUCUUCUCAAGCCGAUGCUUGAUACCAUCAUGAUACCAUCUUUUUUUUUUUAAUUUACUUAAGCCCUUCACCAUAUGAGGAUAAAGAGAAUUCUGUGUAUGAUCUAGGAAGGUACAAUGAAUGAUCUUGGUAUUUAUUUUGUUGCACCAUGUUGGUGCAUUAUUAUCUGGUCCUGUGUUUUAUGUGAAUUUGAAUUGUAAAUUGGACUUUUUGUUAUGAGGAUUCUUUCAUAUGCUUAUGUUCUGUAAAUGCUGCAUAGAAUUGUUACUUCAUUCAGACUGUGUUCUGUAAGCAAAACAGUAAUGUUGUUUUUUUGUUUUUAUAAAUUAUUUUGUACAAGUGUUCUAUGUUGGGUAAUAGUUUGUUUCGGUCCCCCACAGUAAUUGUUGUGAUAAAGUGGUUGUUCUCUAUUAUUGAAGUGAAAUAGUUCCAAUUGUUGAGAUAUUGAACCAUCAUUGGAUCUGACAUAAUGCAAGUGUCAUGGAGGAAUCCAUGAUAAUGGCCAGUCACUUCUUAUCCCACCAAUAGGGGGUGUACUUCAUUGAUACAAGCAAAUUCUGCUGUUAGCAUGCUGCAUUGCAUUGGUUUACAGUCUAUUGUAAGGUCCAUAUUUAUGUAAAUAACUUUAUUCAAUUGUUUUUAUUUUAUUAAAACAUUGAAAAACAAAGACUA